ACCGCGGAGAGAGCACGCCACGGCCAAACGAAAGCGAAGCCAUGACAGCGAACGAGGAUCAAGAGAUGGAGUUGGAGGCUCUUCGCUCUAUCUACGAGGGUGACGAGUGUUUUAAAGAGCUUAGUCCAGUUUCUUUCCAAUUAAGGAUAGGAGACCUGGAGGACUCCAAAGCAUUCAUCUUGGACAUCACGUGGCCAGAGGCGUACCCCGUGACUGGUCCUCAAAUCUCACUGGAUGGCUUUUUUAACAACCGAAUCAUUCCCGAAACCAAGCAGCUUAUCUUGUCCAAGCUGGCGGAGCAAGUGGAGGCAAAUCUGGGCGAUGCCAUGACGUACACCCUGUUCGAGUGGGCCAAGGAGAACCAAGAAGCCCUGAUGGAGAACCACACACCCGUGGUCACCGCCGUGACUUUAACAACCAGCGGUGAGGCGAUACCGAACGCUGUGACGGCCAAAAAGAAGGAAAGGAAGGAGCAGCUCACAAAAGCGCAGAAGAGGAGGAUCAUCAGUCGGACAGAUAACAAAGGGGAACUGCCGAGAGGUUGGAAUUGGAUUGACGUCAUCAAAGUACGUACGCUUCCCAACGUUCCUCUACAUGAAUCAUGGAAUGCAAUUUAACCUUGGAUUUUAUUUUAUUUUUUUCCCCCUCCCCCAUCGUUACAACAAACCAUCCAGCAUGUAAGUGGACCCCAGCGGAAUCCGUUCUCCAACAGUUUCUUCCGUUGACAUUGUGGCUUCGGUUCUACUUGUGUUUGCAGCUGAGUAAAACGGGAGGCGGUAAAGAUGAUGAUUAGGCCCCGCCCCCCACCCCCGAGCUGCCGCCUCGCCGCCGUUUACAAUUUGAACGACUUUGUGCCGCCGCCUACCUCCAGGACACUCGAAUGCAGGGCCCACCGAGCAGAGGCGGGAACUUAUCGGCGCAAUGUCACGCGUGUUUCAUCAAGGUUACUCGAAAGUACCAAAACUCUCACUGCCGAAACCUUGAAGCAUUCGCCUUCCUCGCAAAUGGCCAUUUUGUAUUUUCAUGAGACUCGCCGGCAAAAUAAUUCCAUCACGUUUGACUUGACUAUUUUCUCAUUUCAGGUUGACCAGAUUUUAUUUUGUCUAUUCAAAUAAAACCCCCAUUUGGAAGCCCCCGUUGCUGAGGGGGGACUUGA